AAAAAAAAAAAUAAUAAUCCUUAUCAACUUAAAUUUACCAAUAAUAAUAUAUUUAAUAAUAAUAAUAAUAAUGGAUAUUUUGUACGAAAUUAAAAUUGAAAUAUUCAAAUACAUCGAUAAUCCGAUUUCACUCGCUCUUGUUAACCGUACUUGGUUUACUGUUUUCCAUGAUUCGCACGCAAGAUCUGAAUGGCUUCUUAAUAAAUAUGGGAGAGCAUAUGCAUUAUUCCAUGCAGUUAGACUUGGAAGCAAUUUUCUCACGUUAGAUGUUAUAAAAUGUUUGAUAGCUAAGAAAGCAAUUUUAUCACGUUACUUUGUUCAAAGACUUAUGUUACAAUGUGGAAAAUGUGAUCAGAGAUUACUGGAACUAAGAAGUACUUACAAUUCGAACCAAGAUUAUGUCAAAAAAUUAAAUUUUUCCCAAAUGAAUAACUGGGGCAAUGACCUGUCAGUAGAUGUAUUCGUAUUUAUUUUAGAAGAAGCGAUGAGAUUAUAUAAUUCAGACAUAUCAUUAAAAGGAAAUGACAUAGAACUCCUUCAUUUCCUAACAGCCGGUCCUUUAAUGAUAGGUCUCGCAUCUAAACAAUUAUUAGAUAAUAUUGAACAAAUUAAAGAUUUAAUAUUAAACAAAAAAUUCGUACCUUUCCCUCCUUCGACAGACUCAUCUAAUAGCGAAUAUCCUCGAACUGAUGGUUAUGAAAACAUACGUCAAUUAAAUAUCAUAGCUCGCGCCAUCGUAUUAUAUCCUGAUCUCGUAAAGUUAUGGAAACAAAUUGGUUAUCAUGAAAUAUGUGAAGAUAUGAAUAGCCUUGUGAUUCAAGGCGUAUAUUUGAUUUUAUUUCCACCCAAUCCUAAUCUACAAAACUGGGUGUACCCAGACGAGAAAGUAAUUUCUAUAAGAUUAAAAACAUUUCUUGAUCUUGGAUUUAAAUUGGACAACUAUACAAUAAAGUCGGUAAUUUACCUAUUUAAUGAUAGGUUAUCAGAAAUAGGUGAAGUUAUACUAAAAUCAUUUUGCUUAGUCAAUAAUUGAAAGUUAUAUGGGAGUAAUAAUAACAAUUUUUUGUGAUUUUUUAAAGGAAAAACAUUUUUCGUAGUUGUGUUUUUUUUUUCUUUGAAAAUAUUUUUUGAAAAUAAUAAUUAUUUUAAAAAGAAGACUGAUAUACAGUAUGAGGAGUAAAAUAUCGGUCACCCCGCAAAAAAUACGUAAAAUUUCAGCUUAUUCUAAGUUUUAUUUAUUAGUAUGUUUUUUUAAA